GGAGUUACUCUAUUCAGAGUGUUUUUUUUGGUAGCCACUGCCGUCAACAAUGGCGAAAGAAGGAGAAGAACGUAAGAAGGAGAAGAAAGAGAAGAAGGAGAGGAAGGAGAGGAAGCGUCGCGAAGCUGAAGAACUCGCUGUAAGAGAGAAGAAAAUCUCAAAAAAACAUAAAUCGAAAUCCAAAGAGGAAGAGAAACCAGAGAAAUCAAAGAAGAAAUCGAAGAAAUACGAAGAAGUAGAAGAAGAGGAGAAAUCUCCAUCUCCAUCUCCAUCUCCUAAGAAAUCGAAGGAGAGUAAGAAGAAACAUAAGAGAUCAUCAGAUGAAUCCGAAGAGAUCGUCGAUUCAAAGCCUGUUACGGUCCCGAUUGUUACCAUUGAGUCUGAUUCUGAUUUCGAAUUCGAUAAGGAAGAUAUUAAGAAUCUACUUGAAUCUUACUCUAAAGAGGAGCUUAUUAACCUAAUUUACAAAACUGCUGAGAAAGGUUCUAAAUUGAUCUCAGCAGUGUUUGAAUCAGCGGAUAGAGAUAGUUCUCAACGGAACAUAUUCGUGCGUGGUCUUGGAUGGGAUACAACGCAUGAGAAUCUCAAGGCGGCUUUUGAGGUUUAUGGGGAGAUAACGGAAUGUUCUGUGGUUAUGGAUAAAGAUACAGGAAGAGCUAAAGGUUUUGGCUUUGUGUUGUUUAAGACGCGUAAAGGAGCGAGAGCGGCGUUGAAGAAUCCGGAGAAGAGAAUGUAUAAUCGAACUGUUAGUUGUUUACCAGCUAGGCCGUUUAAUUCUGGAAAGCCACGAGAACAACAACAACCGGUUGAGUCUGUGAAGAUUGAUUUGAGUCAUACGGGUAAUCAGAGUGAAAUGGCUUUGCCUGGGAUUGAUUUGGGUCAUGGACUUGAUAAGGGACAUCAGCAGCAGCAGAAUAUGUCAAUGUAUGCUGGACAGAACAUGCCCUUUUAUGGACAUUCUCAGCCUCCUCCUGGUUUUAAUCCUAUGUAUGGUGCAAUGAUGGGUAAUCCGAUGGUUGCUGGUUUACAGAAUUAUCGUAUGUUUGGCUCGGGUAUGAUGAAUCAAGGACCUAUGAUGCCACCGAAUCAUAUGGGAAUGGUGGGACAAUAUGUUGGUGAUGGUAAUGUUAACGGUGUUGGUGCGGGUGCUGGUGCUGGUGCUGGUUUUGAUGGUGAACGUGCUUGGUAUCUGAGAUAAGAGAACCCAAGUGGUAUGACCAUGUUCUCUGAUAUUUCAAGUUAUAGAUUAGGCUAAUGAUUAGUCCGGUAUCUUCGACUCCAACUUGAUAUUUUGGGAAUUGCAGGAGUUUUUUUUGCGGAUCUUUAUUUUCUAUGCCUGAUGUUUCAAACCUACUUUUUUAGUUUCAUUAUUUAUAGUCUCUUUUAACGAGGUAUCUACCCCUAUAUGAGCCAUUUUGAGGGAGAUGUGUGCUCAAAGGAUGAAUUUUCUGUUGCUCUCUGGAAGUCUGUCAUUGGUGUUCUGCUCUGUUCUCAUAAACCAGUGAAAUGUGGUCAUUUUGUCUAGAAGAUUUAGUUACUAGGAUCAAUAUUGGUUUAAAGUAGUUUGCUAUCUCUUUGUUUUCCCUUUUGGAGUCCCCCAUUAUGGUCUUCUGUCUUCUCCUUACCCAUCAAACUCACGUCUGGUUUUCUUCUGUGGCAUGGCGUAUGUUUUUCUCUUUUGUUUUUCCUUGUUUUUGGUUUUAUGUUUUCCCGCAUUUUCAUUGAAUAUCUGUUCGCUAUAGCUGGAGAAGAAGCUUAUGACAUUUAUAGUUUUGUCCACUAUAUGUCAUAACUGCCAAAAGUCUGUAUCUUCCAGCUGCAGUUGUCUUGAGACCCGUUUGUAGGAUCAGACAUAAUGGUUUUACAUUCUUGUUUUAAAUCUGUCUUUUUGAGUACUGGAAAAAGUUUUGGGACUCUUUCAAAAGCUUCAAGUUGAUUUUCUCUGGAAUAAACAACCUGAGUUUUCUUUCCUUCAAGCAUUGUUUUCUUCCCCAUAGGUUUUUAUAAGCUUCUCAAUCUCUUUCAUCACAUUCCUCUUUUA